AACAAUGGCAAAGGCCGUCAUAGAAAAAUCUCUGCAACUCCCAGACUGCGUGUACCAAAACGACCCCGUUUUGAUCAAACCAAGCAGCGAAACUCCGAAGCAUUUUCUACCACUUUCCGAUCUGGACGAUCAACUUUUUCUAAGAUUUUCAAUAAAGUUUUUGUUCGUAUUCCGACGAUCGAUCCAAUCGGAAUGGCUAAAAUGGGGUCUCUCGAGAGUUCUUGUGGAUUACUAUCCGCUGGCCGGGAGGCUGAGGAGGCGUCCCGAUGGCGGCGAGAAGCUUGAAGUUGAUUGUAAUGGAGAGGGCGCUUUGUUUGCUGAAGCAUUCUUGGAUGUCGACUCUCACGAUUUUCUCUCAUUUUCUUGGAAGCCAAACAGGUCUUGGAGAACCCUUUUGUAUAAGGUCCAAGCCCUAAAUUUCACCCAUGUUCCUCCUCUUGUUCUUCAGGUCACAUAUCUCCGGUGCGGAGCUAUGAUUCUGUGCACCGCGAUCAAUCACUGUUUAUGCGACGGCGUCGGAACGUCCCAAUUUCUGCAUGCCUGGGCCCACGUAACUUCCGAAUCAAAUCUCGGCGGUCCACCAAUCUCACCCUUACACAGCCGCCACGUGUUAUCUCACCAAGGCCCAAUUCAAAUCCCCUGCGCUCAUCCCCAGUAUACCAAAACCCCACGGGCCAGCUGGCACGUCGACAUCACCAAAUCCCUCCAAUCUCAGCCGUUGAUCCCCUCUUCCUCAAUCUUCACCGCCGCUCGCAUCCUCCGCCUCAAGAGCCUGUGCCCGCCGACCUCAAACUGCACCACAUUCGAAACCCUAGCUUCGCACACGUGGCGCUCCUGGAUUCGUUCCCUCGAUCUCCCCCCUUCACUCCACGUCAAGCUCCUCUUCCCUGUAAAUAUCCGCAACAAACUCAGCCCCAAAAUCCCUCAAGGCUACUACGGAAACGCCUUCGUUCUCGGAUGCGCCCAGGAUUCUGUCGACCAAUUGGCCGUUCCCGACAACUUAAACGGCGUCAUCCGGUUAGUGCAAAACGCGAAAUCGAUCAUCGAUGACGAUUACGUCAAGUCGAUGAUCGUUCUGCUGGAGGAUAAGAAUCUGCUUGCCGACUUGUCGGUUAGUUUUGUUAUAUCCGACUGGUCAAAAUUGGGACUGCAGGACUUGGAUUUUGGGGUCGGGAAGCCGCUCCAUAUGGGUCCUUUGGCCAGCGAUGUGUUCUGUCUAUUUCUGUCGGUGAUCGGAGACGUUAAAGCGGUGAGAGUGCUCGUGUCGGUGCCGGAGAACGUGGUGGAGAAGUUUGAGUAUUAUAUGACGGGAGAGUACUUUUCCGACGAAGAGACGGAGGUCUUAACGGAGAAAUCAGUGGCUGGACCUGGACUGGCCCACUUUAAAUAAAUGGGCUAUUUUAUGUGGGCCUUCCAUCGUUUGAUCUACGGCCCAAUUGGCCCAAAAUAAAUUCACCACACAGAAAUGGUUGUGUGUGUAUUGUAAAGGGCAUGUGACGUGAGAGUGUAUCUACCUCUUUGUUAAGGACUGUUUUCAAAAUUGCCUCAUAAUAUUGGCAUAUUCAUUUAUAAUUUAUCUAUGUCCUUUAGAGUAUGACCUUGGUUAUAUUAUUGGGCGUGAAGCAAAUUAUUUAAA